GGAUCGCGAUCGGGAACUUUGCGAAAUACCCCCUGUAUUGGAUCGCAACUAUCGAUCGCGAUCCAAUUAUUGGCAAAAUGCCACCUGACAUUCUCAUAUGGCCCCUGGGUGGCUGGGUUCAGAUCGGGUCCUCCCUCCCGUACGCCGCCGACCUCCGCCGCCGCCGGAGGCCGCAGCGGUAUCUGACCGGCCGGCCGCACGCCAACGCCAUUCGCCGCGGGACGGAGCUCGCACCGGCUGGGCAUGGCGGCAUGCAUAGCAAGCUCCAGCAGUGGCAUACCCGACACGUGUUUUUCCACACGACCACACACGCUUGGCCUUCGACGGUCAGUUCCAGACCCUACGCCGCGCCGGCUCCGGCAGCAAGAAACCACUGAUGAUCUCCCCAUCAGGUUAGCAGAAACUCACUGUGUCAAUGCUGAUGCAUAAUGAUAUUCAGAUUAGCAGAUACCAUCAUGGGAUCAUAAUGUGGUGCCGGACAUACUGGCAUGCUGCCAAUGAUAAAAAAAAAUUGGUCAUCUCAAUAUCGUCUGACUCAAUUGGUCAAUAAGAAGUACAGACAAAGCUCUAGUAUUGGUCUUCUAUCAACUGCUAUUUCCAGCUGACAGCACUUCCAGUUCCAUAUAGUAUAAGCUAAUGCAGUUCUACCAGAACAAAAUAAAUUUUGCAUAAAUUUAAUGGAUCACUGAUAUGCUGCUUCCAUAGAUGCUGGCAAUCCAGGCAGCCACUUGGCAAGAGCACGUUUUCACCAACUGGUCCUUUGCUGAAACACCAAAGAAUACCCGUGUCAACAUCAAGUAUGUCUUUUUGCCUUCUAUACUUACCUAUUGCGUACAAGACACAGAAAAACCCAAUGAUGUAUUUAUCAUAGUAUCAGGACUUAGUCACUCCUUCAAAAUCCACAGCAUAUUAUUCAACUGUCUCCAUAACUGCACUCUGCAAUUUGUUCUCUCUGGUUAGCUACACACCAAAAUGUUGGCAUCGCUGCCUGAAAGCCAUCAUUCUGACCUUAUCCUCAGUUUCUCACUACCCAAGUCCACGACGCAAACCAUGGUCAAUUCAUCUGAAUGUUCAAGUGCAGAGCAGCCACCGUGAAGUAUCAUAUCCUAACUGUAAAGUUAUAGGGGGACCCACCUUUAAGCCCGGUACAUUAUCUUGAUUGAACUAUUAAAGCAGCGUCACUGUCCAUAUGGACUUUUCUUGAGCUCUGAUAGCAGCAAAGGUUGACUAGAACUGGCUGCUAGAGACUGCUGUAUACUUCACCAUUAAUGUGCAGAAAGAAAACUGAAACAAUUUGAACCCCAUGUCCCCAUAGCACUCUGAAUUUGACCAGGAAUGAUGUUUUGCUUUCAGGAUUGAGACAAAAAUUAGGCAUAACACAGGAUAUAAGUAGUUGUGCAUUCAUUGUCCAAAAGCAUACUCUGCAACAAUGGCUUUUUCUCUUGCAACUGUCCUUGCUACUGCUUCCAUCCUCUCUUUCUUUGCUCUAAUUCCAAGAGCUGCGUCCCGUGACAUUCUCUCACUGGGUUCGUCCCUCAGAGUUGAAUCCUACCAAACCAACAUCUUACAAUCAUCAGAUGGAACUUUCUCCUCUGGCUUCUACGAAGUCUAUACCAAUGCCUUCACGUUCUCAAUAUGGUACUCCAAGGCAGCCAACAAGACCAUUGUCUGGAGCGCAAACCCUGACCGUCCUGUACAUGCCAGGAGGUCUGCUGUAACCUUGCGGAAGGAUGGAAACAUGGUCCUUAUGGAUUAUGAUGGCACAGUCAUGUGGCAAGCUGAUGGCAACUUCACAAAUGUUCGUCAUGCUCAUCUUUUGAACACUGGGAAUCUCAUCAUCGAGGAUUCAAGAGGUAACACCGUCUGGCAAAGUUUUGAUUCACCAACAGACACUUUCCUGCCAACACAACACAUCACUGCUACCACAAAGUUAGUCCCUACAACUCAAUCGCAUAGUCCUGGUAACUAUAUCUUCCGUUUCAGUGACCUUUCAGUACUAUCACUUAUAUAUGAUGUGCCUGAAGUUUCGGAUGUAUACUGGCCAGACCCUGAUCAAAAUCUCUACCAGGAUGGCCGAAACCAGUAUAACAGUACGAGGUUGGGAACCCUUGGUAAUAGUGGGAUCCUUGCAUCAAGCGAUUUUGCUGAUGGCCAACCACUUGUGGCCUUGGAUGCAGGGUCAAACAUUAAUAGAAGACUAACUCUUGACCCUGAUGGAAAUCUCCGUCUGUAUAGCUUGAAUGACUCAGAUGGGUCAUGGUCAGUUUCAAUGGUAGCAAUGUCCCAACCUUGCAAUAUUCAUGGUUUAUGUGGUCCUAGUGGAAUCUGCCAUUACUCACCUAAACCUACAUGUUCAUGCCCACCAGGUUAUGUGAUGAGAAACCCAGGUAACUGGACUGAAGGUUGUAUGGCUAUCGUUAACAUAACAUGUGAUCAUUAUGACAAAAAAUCUAUGAAGUUUGUGAAACUUCCCAAUACAGAUUUUUGGGGGUCAGAUCAGCAACAUCGUCUGUCAGUUUCUUUUCAGACUUGUAGGAAUAUUUGUAUCAGUGACUGCACCUGUAAAGGCUUUCAAUAUCAGGAGGGUACAGGAUCAUGCUAUCCAAAAGCUUAUCUUUUCAGUGGAAGAACUUACCCGACAAAGGAUGUAAGGACUAUAUAUCUCAAGGUUCCAAUAAAGGUGAGUGUUUUAGGUGUCGUUAUUCCCCAUUCCAAUGUGUUUGAUUCUGUGCCACGUCAGCUUGACUGUGAUCAGAUGAACAAAAGCAUCAGAAAACCAUUUCCAGAUGUGCACAAGACUGGUGGAGGAGAAUCAAAGUGGUUUUACUUCUAUGGGUUCAUAGCUGCAUUUUUUGUUGUUGAAGUUUCCUUUAUUUCAUUUGCAUGGUUCUUUGUUUUGAGAAGAGAGCUUAGGCCAUCAGAAUUAUGGGCAGCUGAGGAAGGUUACAAAGUAAUGACUAGUAAUUUUCGAAGGUAUAGUUACAGAGAACUUGUCAAGGCAACUAGAAAGUUUAAAGUUGAGCUAGGAAAGGGAGGCUCAGGGACUGUGUACAAAGGUGUCCUUGAAGAUGAUAGGCAAGUGGCUGUGAAGAAGCUGGAAAAUGUAAGGCAAGGCAAGGAAGAGUUUCAAGCUGAGCUAAGCAUAAUUGGGAGGAUCAAUCACAUGAAUCUUGUGAGGAUAUGGGGCUUUUGUUCAGAAGGAUCACAUAGGUUGUUGGUUUCUGAAUAUGUUGAGAACGGGUCACUGGCUAACAUUUUGUUCAAUGACAAAAACAAUAUCUUGUUGGACUGGAAGGGAAGGUUUGAUAUCGCGUUAGGUGUUGCAAAAGGGUUAGCAUAUCUUCACCAUGAGUGCUUAGAAUGGGUCAUCCAUUGCGAUGUGAAACCUGAGAACAUACUGUUAGAUGAAAAUUUUGAGCCUAAGAUCACUGACUUUGGGUUGGCAAAGUUACUAAACAGAGGUGGGUCCAACCAGAAUGUUUCCCAUAUAAGAGGAACAUUAGGUUACAUUGCUCCUGAAUGGGUAUCGGGUCUCCCCAUCACAGUAAAAGUUGAUGUAUACAGCUAUGGAGUUGUGCUCCUUGAGCUUUUAUCAGGCACCAGAAUUUCAGAGUUGGUUGAAGGUUCAGGUGAGGUGCAUGAUAUGCUUAGGAAGCUUGUCAGGAUGCUUUCUGAUAAACUGGAAGGGAAGGAACAGUCGUGGAUUGAUGGGUUUGUGGAUGCAAAACUGAAUCCGCCAUUCAACCCUGUGCAAGCAAGAACACUAAUCAAAUUGGCAGUGUCCUGCUUGGAGGAAGACAGAAGCAGAAGACCAACUAUGGAAUAUAUAGUGCAGACCCUCCUGUCAGCUGAUGAUUGAAUGGCUGAACGGACUAUAGGCCAUGUACAGCAUCGAUUAAUAUUUCCUGCUUGGUGGGAGAUAGAAGGAAUAGACCAACUCUGGAAUUUACACUUCCACUCCUGCUAUCAGCUCAUCAGGCUGAUAAUGUAUAAUUCUUAGACUAUCACUUCUUUUUUUUGCUUUUAUCUGUACAGAGUGUUUUUGGUUUGUCAGUUCAAGGUAUAACAUGUACUAGAACUUGGAUGUAAUAAUCAUCAUGCUAUCGGUAGCAAAACUACUGCCGCCAUGGAUGUAGGCGUUCCUCCUUAUCUGAAUAGCUGCCGUGUACUCUCACAAUUGCGAAAAGGUUGCUUUUGUUGUUCCUCAAACUUGUUUGAAGCCGGCAAUUCUCCUCUGGGGUUGGUGAUGGCUAAUAUGUUACCAGACCAGCACAGUGGACAAUGUAUGAAGUCCCGAAUUCUAUCAGAAAUUUCAGUUUUUUUUC